CUUCACCAUAUGUGUAUAGUUUUCAAUUCAUUAUCGGACUCGAGAUCAUAAGAAACGUCCGCGCAAACUAAAAUAGUACUGACUCGUCGUAGAAAGUGUCUUAGUCAGCGGCCACUGACUUCAUGAACUUCACGAACAUCAAUGAUCCUGCAGGUAUCAAGGCUCUGCUCGACCAACUGAGAUCGUCACAGGCUUGGCAGGAGAGCAUUGGCGGCGGCGCUGACCUCAAUGGCGUAGCCAAGAAUCCACCACCGGCCUCGACCACUCCUCAGGGUACACCGCCGACUUCAACCACACCUCAGGGUACACCACCACUCACCCAACCACCUGCUACCACAAACGACGCGUCUAGGUCGUCGUCCUUGGUGGCUGACCUACUUUCCCAACUUAAUUCAUCCGAACCUAAAAUUCUAUCGAGGCCCUCACAACCUUCGACAUCGCGUUUUACUACACAACAGACUCCCCUACAAAUUUCACAAGCGGUUAGUCACCGCCCCAUCCCUCCGCCUCCAGCAGAGUCGGUUCAUCAGUCAACUGCAAACACCAAUGCUCUUACGCAUGGGCAAGACCUUCGCAUGAUGUCAUUUCAGCAGGCCUUGCCCCGUCUCACACAACUGGCAGAAAGUGCAGAUUUCGUUGCUGCUGUGUCCCAUUUACGAAAAGAGCAGAAUGACUUGGAGAGACAGUUGUGGGAAGAACGACUUACUAUACAUAGAAAACACGAGAAUAAAGUCAAGGUUACGCAGACCAAAGCCGCUUUGAUUGGCGGAGGAAUAUCCCAACAUGAGGCAGAUAUGCUGAACGAUGCAUUUCGCAAAGAGCUGCAAAAAUUUGAUGCAGAACGCGUGCUUUUCGCAUGGGACGGUCUCUUGCAGAAGCAGCAGUCCACGCUCGAAGGCCUCGGAGUACCAACUAUGUUCCCUUCUGAUUUGCGGGUCGAUAGAGAGGUGAGUAUCCAAGUAGCGACGAAGACAUGUACCAAUAUCAAUGCCGUGUUAUUAGAAACAGCAGAGAGUAAUUCAAGUCUUGGAAGGCAUAGUGGGGUAAUGAGGAUCUGUAAACGUUUCUGUUCCGUGCCUCGCGGCGGUCGUUGUUGUCACUUGGACCCUUUUAUAUAUAUAACACUAUUUUGUAAACUUGUGGGUGCUUUGUCGUUGGUCGAUUUCUUGCUCUGCUUCCGUAUGCCCUACAUCGAUAUCCCAUCCAGGGACGACUAUGUGUCGAUAUGGUACAUCACGAACUCUGACUACGGUAAUGUUGGCAGCUUUGACCCAGAGCGGCCCACUUGUAUCCUCCUUCAUCCCUUAUUUCUGGACUCCAGCUGGUUGAUUAGACACUUCGACGACCCCAGACUCUCCAAAGAAUACAACUUAAUAGCCUUCGACCAGCGGACUUGCGGACGAUCACGAUGUAGACCCAGCCAAUGGCACGACAGCUACGUUGAUGCAGCAGAUCUCGCUAUGGCCUGCCAGGCUUUACUCUUACCUCCCUCACACAUACUGGCAUUCGAGGGCAUCUCUGUGAAUGCAGCUCUAAGACUUACUACACUGUGGCCUGAGCAAGUCCUAAGUCUAACUUUAUGCGACGUCCCCCCACCGACAGAACUUCAAUGGGUCUUCCACGCGUACGACGAACUCCUUCAGUUAUGGUGUCAUGCACCCGACCUCGACUCAUUCGAACAUGCAGGAAACGAAGUAGUGACUUUUAUGACUGGGGAGAGCGACAAUCUAGACCUUCAAGAUGAUUUGAUAGCCUACUGGGAGAAAUACACACCUCCGACAAAACGUCUGAGGAUAGUAGAACUUGUUAACAUUAUGAUGAAUGUGAGCGCUAUAUGGCGUUCAUUUGUGUUUUCAGCUCACGGGUCACGUAAGCGCACGCUUUUGAGGCCCGAAGAACUUGCCAGUAUCGUUUGCCCUGUUCUUAUUAUUCAGGGAGAAGCAAGUCCCAUAGCUCCGCUAAAAUACGCGGAGAAACUUAAACAACAUUUACCAAACGCCCAGGACGGACCUCGGUUGUACGUUGUCAAGGGCGCCAAAGCUUGUCUGAAUAUCAUCCCUGGAAGCGCGUCGAUAGUGAACCAGGUCUUCUCAAAGUUUCUUGCCCAACAGCCUCGUGCACGGUCCGACCUCCUUCCUCCAAAUCUGACCAUACGAGAACGGUCGAGGGUCGCUCUAUCGAAGCUUGCGGAAUUCGUCGGCAUUCCAUCUAUUGCCCAAAGGGAUCCUUGUUCUCCUCUUUCGUUUUCAUGUGUAAAAGCCGAUGUCGCGAAAAGCCAGUUGGAAAACCUGAUGUUUUACGCGAAGGACUUGGAUAAAGCAUACUGUCCGCUUGGGAGAGAUGGUCGGCCGUUGCGGAAGUACUCUGAACGGAAGAAGGAAGCUCAUUGGUUCCAAGGAGACAAACAUGGUAAUAGCUACAUUGACACUUUUGAGCUCCAAGCCGCUCGCAACUACAAGGGGUACAAACAGUCACAUUCCAAGACUGCCAACUCUCCAGAGCGUCCACUGGCAGUAGCCGGAUCUUUAACUGCGAACAAAGAAAGCCUAGUCACAGACGAGGUCGCGCAGGAUGGUCGCAUGCGUCGAACAACCUACAAUGCUAGCUCAGUCGACAAGCACGUUAUUAGAGGAACGAUGCAGAAGGUAGUGACACAAAGUGGUCAGCUGCCUAAAGGGCUUAUAACGAAGGCUUUGUUACCGUCGUGACUGGUCCAUGAUACCUGUACCAAAAGUAUUAACCCUCAUUUUCUCUUCUCAUGGCUGCCACAGAUCACAUCACGACGUCUGGAAUUUCACAACUACCUUAAUGUUUUUAGCACAUAUAUAUGUAUCCACAU